AUGUUGCCAAAGAAGCUAGCGGUGAUCAUUUUUACUUUUUCGUUGCUCUAUAAAGGUACGAAAUUUGAUAAUUUUUGCAACGAGAAAUUAGACCAGUCAUAGCGUAUGUUUUAGAUGUAAUAUACUUUACACGAGUCCAACAGAAUGUUCUACAGACAUCGUUUAACAGGCACUAGGUUCGUUCGAGUUUAACGGAGUCUCUCUUAUCUAGGUAGCACCAAGAGUGAUGAAAUUAACAACGACGAUCUAAGUCCUGAGACGAUCCUUCUUAACGAUGACAAUGAAAACGAGGAUGUACUAAACGACCCUGUUGAUACAGUGUUACGCCUCACAAGCGAAGAAAAAUCUCCGAUUGACCCAGACUACGUUAAAGAAUAUCAGAUGGGGAACGACCCACAUGUGCGCUCCUGGAAUGGUAACAGUUGGAGCAGUUCGAGCAAAUGGGGUGGGAACUCUGCUGGCAACAACUUGGGUGGGAACAUGGGUGGCAGUUGGGGUGGUAAUUCCGGAGGUAGUUCGAGCCAGUGGGGUGGGGGUUCAUGGAAUAGCAAGCAGAGUGGCGGUGGGCGUACCUCUACUGGAAGUUAUGGAGGUGCGGGAAAUUGGAAAAUGAAGGGGUCUGGUGGGGCCUCAGGAGGAAGAGCUGGGGGCAAUAGUGGUGGGUCAAGUGGCAGCUUUGGAAUGAAAUAUGGCAUGGGUGGUGGUAAAAGUGGCAGCUUUGGAAUGAAAUAUGGCAUGGGUGGUGGUAAAAAUGGCAACUCUGGAAUGAAAUAUGGCAUGGGUGGUGGUAAAAGUAGCAGCUUUGGAAUGAAAUAUGGCAUGGGUGGUGGUAAAAGUGGCAACUCUGGAAUGAAAUAUGGCAUGGGUGGUGGGUCAAGUGGCAACUCUGGAAUGAAAUAUGGCAUGGGUGGUGGGUCAAGUGGCAACUCUGGAAUGAAAUAUGGCAUGGGUGGUGGUAAAAGUGGCAACUCUGGAAUGAAAUAUGGCAUGGGUGGUGGUAAAAGUGGCAACUUUGGCGGAAUGAAUGUUGGAUUGAGUGGAGGUAAAGGUGGGGGGUUGGGGAGUAGUAGCGGUGGUCACAGUGGUGGUAUUAGUGUUGGGUUUGGUGGGGGUAAUGCCAUGGGAUCGCAAUUGGGAGGUGGACAAGGAAGCGGGAAUGGAAGAAGUGGAUGCAUCGCAGAAGAUG